AUGACAAACAUCACUGAAAUAGAAUUUCUUGCUUUGAACAAUCGCAAAGCCAUUCUCUAUGUGCCUGUAUCUAUCUACAUCGGCAUGACGAUGAUCAUUGGCAUUAUUGGUAAUUCCCUCGUCUGCUACAUCUACGGUCGAAUGGUGAAACACACGCCAACGAACUGCUUCAUCCUAUCUCUCGGCAUUUACGACCUCAUCUGCUGUGGGGUAACCCUCCCGCUGGAGAUUGUUGAAAUGCGUUAUCCUUACUACUAUAUCGAAACCUGUAAAUUCCAACGCUUGCAGAUAACAGGCACGGCCAUUGCGUCCGGAUUUAUUCUCUUGGCUAUUGCGGUUGACAGGUACAUACGAGUGUGCAAACCCCAUAAAUCGAAAAUAGAAAGUCAGCUAGCCGUAAAGAUUUCGAUCCUAUCCGGGACGUUGGCGUUAGCGAUGUCCAUCCCGGUCGUUCUGAUCUACGGCCAGCACACUUACACACUGCCUAAGUUGAACAUCACUGUCAGCGAGUGUUCGUCAACCGCUGAAAACAGUCGUUCUGUCUUUCCGCAGAUUUACUACGGUUUUCUUUUCAUCCUGUUUGUCGUCAUUCUCAUCCCCCUGAGCAUUCUGUACGGACUAAUAUGGCGCACGCUGCACAUGCGCAAAAAGACUUUCUCGUUCAGUAUGACGUAUUUGUCGGCGAGCCGGAACAGUUUUCACAAUAUCGCCGUCAACGAGGUGCCCCUUAUGUUGAAACAGUCGAAAGGGAAGAGCAAAAGCAACCCGACUGUAAACCAUAUCAAAGGAGACCCCUUGCAGAUACGCAAGAGCACAAUUGAGAAAAAGAAUAGAUACCAGUUCUAUAAGCUGAAACGGACCACUUUUAAACUAUUUCUUACUACGGCCUUCUUCACGAUCAGCUUUUUGCCGUAUCAUGCGUUAAUGAUUUACCGGACUGUGGUGUCGGAUUUUGUCAAUCUGGAACCCGCUGCCGAACUGACGUACAAUCUGUUCCUCCGCUCGUACCAACUCUACACCCUUAACCCGACGGUCUACGCAAUAUGCGACAAUAAGUUUUGGACACAAUUAUCUGUACUGUUUCCUUUCUGUCAUUGUCGGGGCAAAGAAGAAAAAGAAGACAGCGAAGAAGUAGAGAACUGA